AUGUCGUCCUUCUCCAACACCGACACUGGCUCCAAGCCAGCCGACCCAUACACCCAGAAGAAUGUUGAGGAAGAGUCAUUGAAAGAGAAGGUGGAGGACUUCAAGGCAUUCGUCGACAAGGCCAAAUUCAGCAUGCUUACUACCAAGACGCAAGACGGUCUGUUGGCAAGCAGAUGCAUGGCGGUUGCCGCCAAGGAGGGUAAUGGCGUCGAUAUCCUCUACCACACCAACACAGAAUCUGGCAAGACGGACGAUCUUGAGGCCAACCCAGACGUCAACGUAGCUUUCCUCACUGCCAGCGGCGAAUGGGCAUCCGUAUCCGGCAAGGCGACUGUCGAGACGGACCGAUCGAAGGUCCGCGAGUACUACUCACCAGCCCUGAAGGCGUGGCUAGGUGAUCUCGGCGACGGCAAGCACGAUGGUGGCCCCGAGGAUCCUCGCAUUGCCCUCAUCAAGGUUCAGGCUCUCACGAUCCAAUACGCAAUCAGCCGCACGAACAUCGUCAAGAGUGCCAUUGAUUUGGCCAAAGGUGCCAUUACCGGCGAGACUCCUGCCAUCAACAAGAUCCGACACUUGAGCAAGGAGGAGGUCCAGCAAUGGCGAUCUUCUGCAUAG